AUCUCUCUCUUUCACUCUCUCUCUCUCUCUCCAAAUUUGCUCAAUUGCUCCAUCAUUCCAAAUCAGGUGUAUACUUUGUAUAGUGUAUUGCCCCUCUCUAUCUACCUAUCGAUCUUGGCUUAUCAGAGAUUGAACUUUUAGGCUUUUAGCCAUAGACCCCCCUUUUUUUCUUCUCUUAAAGCUGUUUUUUUUUUCUUUGAUCUUACUUAAAGCUGUUUUCUGAUCACAACAAAACACAAAAAGUACCGUUAAAAAUCAUCACCACCUCUUUGCUGAUGAUGUUUUAGUUCGUUUGUAUUGUCUGCAUUGUAAGGUUGUCCAAAAUAUCAUUCUUAAUAUCUUUAUAUUAUUUGUUAUUCUCUUGUUCCAAAAAUCCUUCUCUCAAUAAUUACAAUAAAAUAAAACUCUCACAAUUCUCGUAGUAGUGGUAGUAGUAGAUGCCUUUGUCUUGGUCUCCUUUGUAUCUUUUCUCCAAAAUCCUUUCCCACCCACAGAAUCUUCUUUCUUGAUAGAAAAGUUAGGACCUUGUAGAAAGAAAAGAAACCCCAUUUUUUCGGUCUCUCUCAUACUCGAAGCCCCUCCACCCAAGAAAACUGUUUGCUAUUUUAAGCAUUCAAAAAAUAAAAAUAUUUGCUCGAGUAGUGACUCUCAAACCCAGCGACAAACAUGGAGUGUUUCUUCUUCGUUUCCAAGCCUUUGACGCUCGUCGCUCUUUUCCUUAUCCUCCUAUCCGCUCCACCUUCCAUGGCGGACGACGAUAACAACAACAACAAUGUUAAAGGUGGUGGUGUUUUCCUUAGAGACAUUGCAACCAAUUCAUCAUCUAAUUCACCUCCACCAAUGUCGAGUGAAAACCAUGGAAGAUCUGUACCCUUUAGGCCUAGCAUGGUGGUGAUAAUAGUGGUGUUAGCAGGCAUAUUCUCCGUCGUGUUUCUCGUCCUCCUCUACGCAAAACACUGCACUGGUGAUGGCAUUGUAGUUGUCACAGCCACACCCACAAGGGCCGCGACAGCGAGGAAGAAUUCGGGAAUCGAUCGAGGUGUCGUGGAGUCAUUGCCCGUGUUUCGAUUCGGAUCUCUCCGAGGCCAAAAGGAAGGCCUCGACUGCGCAGUUUGUCUCAAUCGUUUCGACUCCAACGAAGUCCUUCGGCUCCUCCCGAAAUGCAAGCACGCGUUCCAUGUCGAAUGCGUCGACACAUGGCUCGAUGCUCAUUCGACGUGUCCACUCUGUCGAUACCGUGUCGACCCAGAAGAUAUUCUCCUCGUCGACCGAAACCCACCUCCAGAAUCUCGCCAAAACAGCACCCACGAGGUCGUUUUGGACGUGAACGUGAACGUGAACGUGAACCCAAUUGGGAACAAACGAUUCUCAGGUCGACACUCAUCAGGUGGCGAAAAGGGAAUUUUGCGUUCGAAUUCUCACGAUCCGAUGGCGCUUAGGAGAUCGCUCGAUAGUGCUGGGGUGAGAAAAAAGAGUCAGAGUUUAAGAGCCAUUGGAUCUUAUGAUUACCCAAGAAAAGAUGGGCUAUUGUCGACGAGCUUAGACAGAGGGAAUAGUAGGGUGGAGCACAGGAUAAUUGUUUCUUCUAACUCGAGUAGGGCCCACGAUAGGUGGAGCGAUGCACAGCCGUCAGAUCUUUUGUAUUUGGGGUCAGAAAUGAUAAUGAGUGACAGCCGUAGAUUUUUGUCGACAUCGAGAUCGAGACAGCAACAGCACAGUAAUGGUAUUGAUGGCAAUGGUAACGAGUUGCGGAGAUGGGGUGGUGCUAGUAGUGGUGGCAGAAACAAUACAAACACAAACACCAUCAGCAACAACAGCAACACAGUAAUGAAUGGUCGAAGUGUGUCGGAAAUCACUGGCUUCAGCAGGUUCCCAAUCAAAGCCAAUAGAGCCAAUAGCACCCACUAAUAUUAUUACUGAUCACUGAUUAGUGGGGUUGGCUUGGCUUGGAUUUCUGCCAGCUGUAUGGUCGAGACAUACCUACUUGCAAUUCAAGAUUGUAUAGUAAGAUUUAGAAUUUGUAGAAAACUCUUUCUAACUCGAUACACAACAAUAACGAGUUGGAAGAGAUUUUUCUCAACUAGUUUGAGAAAGUUUAGUAACAUAACUUUUGGAAUAAUUCUGAUUUGGCCGACUUUCAUUUCGACCAAAUUAAAAUUAUAGCCAAAGUUACUGUAUAAAUGUGUCGUUGCUGCCUCGACAGGACCCACUUUCUCUUUCUGGUGUACCUUUUGAAAAAUGAUUUUCUGCAAGGCUGGCCCAAGCUGCUAUGUUAACGUGCAUGUGAGGACUUUGGUGUACGAAAGUUCCAGUCGAACAGAAGAAAAAAAGAGAAGAAGGCGUGGAUGAGACAUUGCAUUUACACCAAGGUGAUACGGAAAUCAUUUAUUUCUUGACAAUUUUGUUUGUCGCUCUUUAAUUUUAGUGCUUUCUUUUUCUUUUUUGGUUACUUUGAAAUUUCCUCUGUUACUGGUGGGUAUGGGUAUGACAAUGGUGGGUACGGGUGCAUCUCUGCUACACAUUAUUUCUGAUGGGCAUGUGGUGGGGUUCGUAAAUUGUACAAAAUUUUGUGUACUCUUCUACUUGAUUGUACAAAGUGCCAGGGAAUAAGGAAAACAGCUAGAGACGACGACAGGAGUAAAUGGAAUUUGAUAUCUUCAACUUUGUACUAGCUUUUUAUUCAUUCAAAAAGAAAAAAGAAGUACUGGCUUUUAGAUCUCGGUAUUUGUUCA